UUUCUGUAUGCAGUGUAGCCUGUCCAAUAAAAUCACGUGGGUUGUUGCUGGUUAGCACGAUACCAACAACAGAAAGACAACGCUAGCAGCAUUUGGAACAUCGUUGCAGAAUAAACAUGAGUCUACGAAAGCAAACCCCGAGUGAUUUCUUGAAGCAAAUCAUUGGGAGACCAGUGGUGGUAAAACUGAAUUCAGGAGUGGAUUACAGAGGUGUUCUUGCAUGUCUGGAUGGCUACAUGAACAUUGCUGUGGAACAAACAGAAGAAUAUGUAAAUGGACAGUUAAAGAACAAGUAUGGAGAUGCAUUUUUGAGGGGAAACAAUGUUUUGUAUAUCAGCACCCAGAAGAGAAAGCUGUGAAGUUUUCCAGUUUUUCAUGUCAUGGUAUUUGUUUAUGGUUGUAUUUUUGAAUCACUGUUUAGUUUUUCAGUUUCAGUUUGUUGUGCAACCACUUUUUUGGAAAUUGAAGCACAUUUGGGCAUGUAGCUACAGCAUGAUGCAAUAAAUGAUUGAAUAAAACAAAGGUGUGGAUGUUCCUGUUGGGUUGUCUCUUCCAUGCCAAAAUUAGAACUUGAUGGGAGAACCUACUCCAUGCACUUCAAUUGGAUAACAUUAAAGAGAGACGUUAAAAGUGUCAUGGCUAAUGUUUGUCGGUGGUCACUUAUUCUGACGCAGGACUGGAGCAUUAUUAUUUUUAUUUUUUUUGUGCAUGUUUAGGCUGAUUAGGGAUUCUACAAUAACUUGGUAUUAUAGUGAAGUAUGAACAUACUGUGUUGAGGUCCUGGUUUCUCAGUGUAGGUACCAGGUGGUGUUUUAUCAGUAUUAACUUCAUCGGAGUUAGACUGGAUGCAGUCGUGUAAGUCAGUUAGGGCUUUGACCACAUAAUCAACAGAUAAGUCAUUGGGUUGAAAAUGAAGUAUUUUCGUUUUUUUUUAGUUAGAUCACCUGAUGUGUUUUUAGUAGUGUGUGUGUGUGUGUGGGGGUGGUUCUAUACAUUAUGCUCUGUGGUUUUCCUGCCUGACACACCUGUGUUUAACCCUUUGACCUGCAUGCAUCAUAUCCACCUGUCGCUUAUCAGUCCUGUGGCCACCCUCCACAUCUGACACCAUCUGAGGCCCACAAGUUGAUAAAUGUAGUUUGAUUGCAUGUGGUCACAAGCACUGUCCUAGUGUGACCAGAGGAGAAGGGAACGGCCUCAAUAUGCAUGCAUAUGACUAGAUGUUACUAUGUUGAAUUUCACAUGGCUCAUAUACUAAUUGUCUUAUACCCUGUUUGUUGACUAAUUUGACUAAGUUACAAGUAAGUGCAACCUCUACUCAAUUAAAGGACUUUUAUAUUUUAAUACUACCAA